UCACUCAUUACUCAUUUUACCUUGUACUCAAUAUUCUAGCUCCCUUUUUCCCAGUUUUUGCGUCAGAAGGUGAAGAGAAAAAAUUAACACACAACAAAAGCUGCUAUGCAAAAAAACCACUGAAGAUUAGCAACACCCAGAAAUCAGAAUGAGUAGUAUUCGAGAAAUCUGAAACUUCUCAGACUAAAAUUGCCUUUUUUCCAGGUGCUUGAGCAAAAUGAAGUUGAUAUUAUUCGCGAUAUUUUGCUGGUGCUAGGUGCUUGCUGAUGUCUGAUCAUUGAUGCAGAACACAGGGCAAGUCCACGUAUAGAAGGAGACAAGUUGAAAGGCAUAGAGCAAGUAUAGUUAUAACUGCCUCUCUAUGCAACAUCCACUUUACUUGAUUCCAGAUUUAGAUGGGCAUUCCCCUGCUGGUAUCACAUAGUGAGACAUCCAGAGAUCAGUUCCCUUUACUCAUGGACCGUUUGGGAGAUUGUGAAGAUCGUCAGCAUGUGAUUGACAUUGCUGUUGCUAAUGAUGCUCCAUCAAGUUCAUCUAAUCAAGCAGAAUCUCAUCAUACUGUAGAUAGACCUUCAAGUAGUACACAACAAAUUAACUCGCCGCAAUCUUCAUCUUCCGGAAGAGUAAAUUCUAGAAGCUCAUCAUAUGUAGGAAGAGGCGAUUCAUAUGGUUACACCAGCCCAUUGAAUUCAGGUCUAUGGAUCUCAGUUGAGCUGAUUGUUACUCUUGCUCAAAUUGUUGCUUCUGUAGUUAUUUUGUCAUUGUCAAGAUAUAACAGUUCAGAAGCCCCAUUAUUUGCAUGGGUUGUGGGGUACGCAUGUGGUUGUCUUGCAACGCUUCCUAUUCUCUAUUGGCGUCUUCGCAAUUGCAUUCGUGGUCCUCAGCGAUUUUCAGUUGAAUCACAUCAGAGCUCAGCAGGGGAUUUCACUGGUGAAGCUUCUGCUUCCACAUCGUCUCUCAAUCAAGAAGUGGAUAGCCAUGACGACUCACGUAUAGUUGGUAGGAGCAGUCAAAUGAGACGAAGAAUUAGUGUACGACUCAAUGGAAUAGUAGAUCACUUCAAGAUGGCCUUGGACUGCUUCUUUGCAGUGUGGUUUGUUGUGGGUAAUGUGUGGAUUUUUGGGGCACAUUCCUCUCCCUCUGUAGCUCCGAAGUUGUAUAGGCUUUGUAUAGUUUUCCUUACCUUCAGCUGCAUUGGGUAUGCACUGCCAUUCCUACUAUGUGCUACCAUAUUUUGUUGCUUGCCUUGUAUUAUUUCAGUAAUGGGUAUUCGAGAGGAUCUCUCAAAACCCAGGGGAGCAAGCAUGGAAGCUAUCGAUGCUCUACCAAUCUACAAGUUCAAGUUAAGAAAAUCUGGGAGUAUUCAUGAUGAACAGAUAUGUUUGAAGGCUAGCAAAGAUGGCAUCUUGGCCGAUGGAACUCAGGAUGAGCGUGUCAUAUCCGGAGAAGAUGCACUAUGUUGUAUUUGCUUAGCAACAUAUGUGGACAAUGACGAGCUACGGGAACUGCCUUGCUCUCAUCUCUUUCAUGCUGAGUGUGUGGAUAAAUGGUUGAAAAUCAAUGCUUCAUGUCCUCUAUGCAAGCUUGAGGUUGGGGAGGACAAAACUACGCCCUUGUCAUGUGACCGAAACAACAGCAGGCGACAACAUGUGAACGACGAAGGUGACCUCAGUUUAACCCCAACUAAUGCUUCAUAGUGUCGACUGUUGAAUGUUGCAACAUACCAACCACUUGCUGGGUGCCAAAGUUUAGCAGGACCCUUCUAUUUCAGGUUUGUAAAAUCUGUGACCAAAUCAAUGAUACAUCAAAAACUGGUCUUGGAAUCUUAAAUGACCCUGGAUUACAUCAUGAAUUUGCAACUUGUCUCAUUGUAGUGUCAUAUUAGGUUAACUGGUGUAAUAUGCUAUGUAUCUUUGCAAACUAUUAUGCUAGGUAGACCAUUGUUCAAUUGUCCUGCUACUGUUCAACCAACUUCAUAGCAGAAAACCCCUGGCAACAUACUUCUCUUGUACAAUAGUUUCUCGGAGGAAUCAACCGGGCACGAAAUUAUAUUUUACUAUAUAUGCUAGUUAAUCGUUUGGUUGUUAA